AUGUUUCUAUCAUGGCUCUUACUGAUAUACACCUUCAUCCCCACUCUCGUGGCCGGCAAUUUCAUCGUGGGUGAGAAAUUCCAAAUCGUCCUAAACGGGAUCCCCAACCUCUCAAAGACUCUGGUGCCGAGCGAUGCCCUAGUCUGGGAUGUCGAUCUGGAAGAUACCAGUGCGGAGACCAUUACUGCCAUGAAAGACCUGGGCAAGACGGUGAUAUGCUAUUUCAGCGCGGGAACCAGUGAGAAUUGGCGGCCGGACUUUAAUAGAUUCGCAGCUUCGGAUUUGGGGACCCAGUUGAAGGAAUGGCCGAAAGAGAGGUGGCUUCGGUUGAGUAGUGGGAAUGUGAGGAAUAUUAUGAAGAUGAGGAUACAGAAGGCGCAGAAGAAGGGGUGUGAUGCUGUGGAUCCGGAUAAUACAGGUAUGAGCUAACCAAGUUUUCAUAAUGACUUCAAAGAUUGCUUGAUUUUUCCUGCACGCCAUUCAGUGUGGGACUUCAAGGCUAACAAACGGACUUGCAGAUGGGUUUGUAUGCUUGUUCCAAAUACCAACACAUUCUGCCUUCCAUCGAGGACACAAUUGCUAACCUCAUCAGCAAAACACCAACGGCCUCAACCUCAAAGAAACCGACACAAUCGAGUACCUUAAAUUCCUCGCUAGCUACGCCAGCUCACUGGGCCUCAAAAUCGGGCUCAAAAACAGCCUCUCCGUCCUCCCCUCUCUCACAAACCUCAUGUCCUUCGCCGUCAACGAAGAGUGCGGAAAAUUUGGCGAAUGCACCCAAUACGACAACUUCAUCAAAGCCGGCAAGCCAGUUUACCACAUCGAGUACAUCUCCAAACCACCAACCGUCACCACCGACGAGCGAAAAGUCGGGUGUCAAUCCCCAGGCAUGACGGGCUUCAGUACCGUACUGAAGAACAUGACGCUGAGUGGCUGGGUGGCGUAUUGUGAUGGGAGUGAGGUGACGACGGAUACUUCUCCGGGAGGUGUGAUUCCUGGGAAGCCGCCGGGUGGUCAUCCGACGAGUACUGUGAGUACUGUGACGGCGAGUUCGACGGGUGUUAGUUCUACGGAUACUCCUGAGCCGCCUGAACCGACGGAUUCGAGUACUUCCUCGUCUACGUCUAUAUCCACCAAGUUUACUACAACCACGAAAUCGACGAGUACGAAGACUUCUUCGAGUAAACCUACUUCAUCACAAGCACCGGGUGGUGGAAACGGAUGUAGGCAGAAGCACUGGGAUCAAUGUGGAGGAACUGAUUGGAAAGGUUGUACUGUUUGUGCUGUAAGUUUCUUUUUUCGCGUCGUAUUCUUGUGGUAUAAUGUGGGGGACGUUGAGCUGAUUUGCGGUUGAUAUAGGCUGGGUUCUCGUGCAAAGGAGUUUCGCCACCUUGGUAUUAUCAGUGUCUUUAG